AUGUCUAUAGGAAAAAAGGAAUCUGAGUGGACGAAAAUAUAUGGCAAACCAAGUCCAGUCCGAUUUCCACCUGUCAAUUUUGAUGGCAUCAAUUCCCUAAAUGAUCACCUCCGACUUCUGAGCCAGUACAAGGCUCUAGCUCCGUACCUACUAGGGGAUGACUCCCAUAAUGAAUUGAGUCGUCCGACAUUGCGCCACCCAGAUUGGCAACAUGCGGCUUUGCUCCCACUUCUACUCGCUACAGGACACCCUCCAAUGCUCCAAAGCCCUGAUAACCCUCCACCAAAAACACUCGAGAAACCUGUCCUCCCUGAUAACUAUCACUCACUUAGUCCGGAGGAAAAAUCUUAUGUUGAUGAACUCUACAGGCGCAGAGUUCUAUUUUAUCUUUACAUGGUGUUUAAUGGCGGCCUGAACAAACAGCACCUGGCAGGAAUGAGAGAUCCCUGUGUUCUCCUAACACAACACCUCGUCGAAAGAAUGGAGAAACAGUGGAGUGGAGACAUUUUCAGCCUAAAGGGGGCUCUAAUUCACAUAACUGAGAACUGGGACCAUUACAAUGCAGAACUUCCAAACCAUGUUCCAUGCCCCAUAUCUUUCAUUUAA